AUGAACAGAACAACAGAGUACCUAAAGCAUAUAGAUGGAAAAACACAAACUCCAUAUGUUCCAGAGAGCGAGAGCUUCUACGACACCAUCAACUCGAGGAUAGAAAAGAUAGAGGCACAGCUGGGAAGGACCCCGUCAUACAGAGAAAUACUCAAGAUCGAGGAGGAGUUUAACACCCUAUCUCUCGAAAGCCAACAAACAUUGGACAUGGUUUCUGUGGAAGGCACCAAUGACCUUAUACUCCAUUUCGAGGGAGUCAAGAAGAUCAUCCUGAUGAAGCUGCAAGGUGUCGAGAGAAGACUCAGAGCUCUCAAGGACUCGAAAAUAGGGAUGAACAUUGACCUUGAGCCCGAGAGGCCACAUGUGUUCAGAAAUGUCGAAGAGGUACAGAUGAUGGAAGAAGAAAACAAGAAGCUUGUUGAAGGAUACAACAUUGAAGGAUACAGAUUGACUAGAAGAAGGCUUCUUGAGGUGGAAGCCCUUCAGGAUACAAUCUUCCAGCACCUGGUUCUUCAAGACGAGAGAAUAGACAGCAUAGUAGAUCUUACGUCUAAAGCAGGAAAGUACGUUUCAGGAAGCAGCAAGGCGUUGGGAAGAAUUGGAGACUCGGGAAGAUUUCUUCGUAGGUUUCUGUUUAUUCUAUUACUUUGCCUGUCGUUUGUUCUAUUGUUUCUCCACUACUACUACAAGUAG